CUCAGCCGUGCCUGCACAGGCGCUGGGACGCCGGCCCUGCGGCGCCCGGCUCCCUUCUGCCCGUCCGAGGGGCCGGCGGCUCCCUGGGCACCGCGUGGAGGCAAGGAGAUGCCGUCGGAGAAGGAGAGCAGGUCCAGGAGGCCGGGGCGGGAGCCCUCGCCGGCCCAGUGGGACUGGGACUGCCCCGUUACACGGCGCCGGCUGGAGGAGCUGUAUUUCCGCGAGCAGGAUUACAUCCGGGCAGGCUCCGAGGAGAGCCGCAACUUCUGGGCCUUCUUCGAGCGGCUCCGGCGCUUCCAGAGCCGGAGGAACGAGCAUGAGCGCGAGCCAGCCGCAAGCCGUUGCCCGGCAGAGCCGCCCGCUGCCUCCCGGCUCCUCGACCUGCCCCGACAGUAUGACGCCCGCUACCGCAUCAACCUGUCGGUGCUGAGUGCCGACGUGGAGGGGCUGGUGCGAGGCCGGCGGCCGGACCCUGGCCUGCCCCGGGAGCAGCUGUCUGAGUUUCGCAUGGCCUUGCUGCACUACCUGGACUUCACCCAGAAGCAGAGCUUUGCCAAGCUGGCCAAGCUGCACCGGGAGCGGGCAGCGCUGCCCAUUGCGCAGUACCGAGACCGGCUCCUACGAGCGGUGGCCCAGAACCAGGUGGUGGUGGUGGCUGGUGACACGGGGUGCGGAAAAUCCACGCAGGUGCCCCAGUUCUUGCUGGCGGCUGGUUAUAGCCACGUUGCCUGCACCCAGCCACGCCGCAUCGCCUGCAUCUCGCUGGCCAAGCGUGUGGGCUUUGAGAGCCUCCACCAAUAUGGGGACCAGGUGGGCUAUCAGAUCCGCUUUGAGAGCACCCGCUCUCCUGCUACCAAGAUCGUGUUCCUGACAGAGGGGCUGCUGUUGCGGCAGGUGCAGCGGGAGCCAACGCUGCCAGGGUACCAUGUGCUGAUCGCAGACGAAGUUCACGAGCGGCACCUGCACAGCGACUUCCUCUUGGGGGUCCUGAGGCGACUGCUCCCCUCUCGGCCAGACCUUAAGCUGGUGCUCAUGUCUGCUACCAUCAACAUCCGCCUCUUCUCAGGAUAUUUUGGUGGCGCUCCUGUGCUGCAAGUGCCAGGAAGGAUCUUCCCCAUCACAGUGAGGGCUGAGGGGAGGGAACGGGAGGAGAGGAGAGGAGCGGAGCUGUGCUGUGCUGUGCUGUGCUGUGCUGUCUGGGCUGUAUCUCUGGUCACAGGGCAGGAGAGAACCCUAGGUCCCCAGACUCCUCAGGGCAGCUCCCUCUCAGGUCUGCUCAGUGCAAUGCUGUGUUUGCUUCUGCAGGUUAUCUACCAACCUAUCCCCAAGGAGGAGGCAGCAACGAGUGGGAAAUCAGAGCGCCUGGAUCCCCGCCCAUACCUGCGGGUACUGCAAGCCAUCGACCACAAGUACCCGCCAGAGGAGCGUGGGGACCUGCUGGUGUUCCUGAGCGGGGUGGCCGAGAUCGGAGCGGUGCUGGAGGCAGCGCAGACGUACGCCACGCACACCCAGCGCUGGAUCGUGCUGCCCCUGCACAGUACCCUCUCUGUGGCCGAGCAGGACAAGGUGUUUGAUGUGCCUCCUCCUGGUGUCCGGAAGUGCAUCCUCUCCACCAACAUCGCAGAGACCUCCGUGACAAUUGAUGGCGUGCGCUUCGUACUGGAUUCUGGGAAGGUGAAGGAAAUGAGCUAUGACCCUCAGGGCAAGCUGCAGCGGCUGCAGGAGUUCUGGAUCAGCCGAGCUAGUGCUGAGCAGCGGAAAGGGCGUGCUGGCAGGACAGGCCCUGGUGUCUGCUACCGGCUCUAUGCUGAGUCUGACUACGAUGCCUUUUCACCCUACCCUGUUCCAGAGAUUCAACGGGUGGCACUUGAUGCCCUAGUGCUUCAGUUAAAGAGCAUGGGGCUGGGUGACCCCCGGACUUUCCCCUUCCUGGAGCCCCCUCCGUUGUCCAGCUUGGAGACCGCCGUGCGGUAUCUGAAGGACCAGGGAGCUCUGGAUGAGGCUGAGGAGCUGACGCCUAUUGGGAACCUGCUGGCCCAGCUGCCAGUGGAUGUGGUGGUUGGCAAGAUGCUGGUCCUCGGUGCGCUGUUUGGCCUGACCGAGCCCACGCUGACUGUGGCAGCUGCUCUGAGUGUGCAGUCCCCAUUCCUGCGUCCUGCCCACACCAACCCCGACUGUGCCACAGCCCGGCGGCCCCUCGAGAGCCCCCACGGCGACCCCCUGACACUGCUGAAUGCCUUCAAUGAGUGGGUCCAGGUGAAAUCUGAGCGGAGCGGCCGUUCCCGGAAAUGGUGCCGGCGGCGAGGCCUGGAGGAGCAUCGGCUUUACGAGGCUGCCAACCUGCGGCGCCAGUUUCAGGAGCUGCUCCGAGACCACCAGCUGCUGGAGGUAGCAUCCAGCCAGCCCACUGACAGCUACAGCCGACAAAGCCGGCACCGAGAGCGCCAGGAGCUGCAUCGGCUGUGGCGGAGCCACACGGAGACAGAAGGUCGGAAACGCAAAGUGCUGAAGCUACAGGACGGAAUGGCUGGCUCCUCCAGUGAGGAGGAGGAAGGUGGUGCCCAUGGGCGUGGGGAGCACAGCAUUGAUAUUCAGGAUGUCAAAUUCAAGCUUCGGCACAAUGUGGAUGAACUCCAGGCUGUAUCUAGCUCUGUCCUGUCAUCCUCGCAGCUUGCUCUGCUCAAGCUGGUGCUGUGCAGGGGCCUUUACCCCCAGCUGGCCGUGCCUGACCAGCUCAACAGCAGCCGCAAGGACUCUGAUCAGAUUUUCCACACCAAGAACAAGCAGGGUGUUGUGCUUCACCCAACCUGUGUCUUUGCUACAAGUCCAGAGCUGCUGCAGGCCAAGGAGGGUUCGGAGCGCGGGGGGACUCAAGAUUCCAAGGAUGGCCUGAGCCGGCACCAUCAGCUCCUUGCCUUUGUCUCACUGCUGGAGACCAACAAGCCCUACCUGGUGAACUGCGUACGGGUGCCAGCCCUACACGCUCUCCUGCUCUUCUCCCGUUCCCUGGACACAAGUGCAGACUGUGCGCGGCUGGUGGCAGACGGCUGGCUGGAGCUCACUAUCCCUGACGCGGAGGCUGCCCUGCGUCUGCUCUCUGCAGCCCUGCAGCUUCGUGCCGCAUGGGAAAAGCUCCUCAACCAGCAGCUGGAAGGCCGGGGCGGGGAGCCUGGGUGCCAGCCGAGCUCCCGGGAUGUAUCCACGCUGACCCGAGGGCUUCUGGAGUUCCUGCAGAUAGAGGUGCUGUAUAGCCUGCGCCAGCUGACCGGGCUGGAGAAACAGGCCCUCUACAUCGGGCCCCAGACCGUGGCUGCUGCCCCCAGGCUCCCGGGACUCUUCCAGGACACUGAGAUGAAACCUGAUGAGGUGAAAGGCGGCCACAGGGUGACAGACUAUCUCACGUACAACUGCCUAGCUACCGACACGGACCUCUACAGCAACUGCCUGCGGAGCUUCUGGACUUGCCCACACUGUGACCUCCACAUGCCCUUCACCCCCCUGGAGCGAAUGUGCCACGAGAGCACGUGCCGGCCCCCGGAGGACCAUCUGGAAGAAGAGUCUGGAAGCUCAUCCAAAACUACAGCCCUGCACAGACCGUACCACUGUGAUGUUUGCCAGCAGGAUUUCAUGUUCACUCCUACGGAGAUCCUCCGGCACAAGAAGCAGCACCAGUGACCCAGGGCUCUGUGCAGGGGUCUGCGCUCCCAAAGAGUGGGGCCUCGUGGUGAAUGUGUGCCUUGAUGUCCUUCCCGGCCCUGCAAGGAAGACGACGGGUUCUGCUGGUGUAGACAGUGUGUGAGCUGGGUGCUGGGAUGCCUGGAUUCCCCUGUCUCUGGGAAGGAGCAGAGACCAUCCCUGCCGAGCACCUGGCUGGUGGUCCUACUGCAAGAUCGCAGAUGGGCCAGGGCACAGGUUGAAGACCCCCUGCCCCGUCACAGUGCUGCUAUCUCCAUUGCUCACAGGCGAGUUUGUGAAUGUCUGGUUGGAUCCCCAAAGGAACGUCGUAUUUCAGGAGCAGUCUAGAAGCUCCUGCAACUCAUCAGUGGAGUUGACAGCAAUCCUUUUUGGGGAGUGAUCCUGGUUUGUUCUUUAUUUUUAUUUUAUUUUAUUUGUAAGUUGUAAAUAAAUAUCCUUUUGGUGAA